AUGAAGUGGUUUAACAGCGAUGAACGUCAGAUGAACGAGUUCGUCAACGCCAACAAUUGGUACUUGCCGCCAUCACCCCCAUCGCAUACGACGCCUAGUCCGGGGGUGGCUAGCAACAUCGACAUAACAUCGUCAGUUAGCACUGAUGAGUACGAGAUCAGUGAUAUGGAGCCCGCUGAAGGGAGGGGCAAGGGCAAGGUUGCGGAUGAUGAUGGGCCGAAGAAGUGUAGUCCGCACGAGACAUUGUGGCUAGCCAAGAAUUUCGUCGACGUCUCCGAGGAUCCUAUCAUCGGCAACCAGCAGAGCGACAAGGUGUUCUGGCAGCGGAUUGAGGAGAAGUACAACGCUGGUCGUCCUAGAGGGUCGUUCGAGCGUAGCUACGUGAAGCUGCGCAAGUAUUGGAGUCGGGUCCAGAAGGAGAUGAACAAGUGGAAUGGCAAGUGGACCAACAUAAUCCGGAUGUGGCCGAGCGGGCAUAGCGAGAUGGACCUCGUGGAGAAGGCCAAGGCGAAGUUCUUCGCUGACGGGAAGAAGCACUUCAAGUUGAAGUUGUGA